AUGGUCAGGCCAGGCUGUCCAGUCAUUCUGCUCCACAUCUUCAGCAUCUUUGUACAGACGGGAGGUACGAGUACUAAGGAUAUCCUGUAUCCGUAUGGACUCGGCCAUAGGGAUCUAGAGACUCCAAAGAUGGAUGAUGGGAGUUCGGUUGAAAUUACUUUGCUCAUUCACUUCAUUUUCUUCAAUAUCCCCUACCGUUCCAUCUAUAUCAACAACAACGGUGUGAUCUCCUUCAACGUGCAGGUUAGCCAGUUCACACCAGAAGCUUUUCCCCUGAGUGACAGUCGAUCGUUCAUUGCUCCACUUUGGGCAGAUGUGCACAACGGCAUCCGCGGAGAUGUGUUCUACCGAGAGUCCACCGAACCAGAAAUACUGGAAAGGGCAACGCAAGAUGUCCGGAAGUACUUCAAAACUAUACCCACUUUCACAGCCACUUGGGUCUUUAUUGCAACAUGGCACCAAGUCACCUUCUAUGGGGGAAGCCAGACAACCCCGGUGAACACAUUCCAAAGUGUACUGAUCUCAGAUAGCGUGACGUCCUUCACCAUGUUCAACUACGGAGAAAUUACAUGGAGCACGGGAACAGCCAGCGGUGGAGAUCCUUUAACAGGACUGGGUGGGACGACAGCUCAGUCAGGUUUUAAUGGUGGAGACAUUGGUCACUUCUUCAACCUGCCGGGAUCACGGUCAAAUGAUGUAGUGAACAUUGAACAGACAACCAAUGUCAAUACCCCUGGGCGCUGGUUCUUCCGCGUAGACACUGAACUGGUAGAUCCUGCCAAUGGCUGCAGCUACAAUGGGCGUUUUUACCGACGAGGGGAAGUUUUCUGGCUGUCUGACCAGUGUUUACAGCGAUGCCGCUGCCUUGACAUUAACAAUGAGGUGCAAUGCCACGAGGCUCCAUGCGGGCAGCUGGAGACCUGUGAGCAGCAAGAAGGGGCCUUUUACUGCCAGCCAACCCGUUCCAGCACUUGCGUGGUAUUUGGUGACCCUCAUUACCACACCUUCGACGGCUUCCUUUAUCACUUCCAGGGAACCUGCUCCUACCUGCUGGCUCGGCCCUGCUGGGAGGUGGCGGGGCUGCCUUUCUUCAGCAUUGAGGCCAAAAAUGAGAACCGUGGGGUCGCCUCUGUUUCUUGGCUUAGAGAUGUCACAGUGGAGGUGUAUGGUCACAGAGUCAUGUUACCCAAAGGCAGUUUUGGAACAGUCCUGGUGGACGGCUUGGUGAAGACUUUACCGGUCCAACUCCAGCUUGGUGCUAUCAGGGUAUACCAGUCUGGGGUUGCCAUUGCUUUAGAAACAGACUUUGGACUCUUGGUAACCUACGACGGCCAACACUAUGCAUCCAUCUCCCUACCCAGCUCCUACUUCAACAACACUUGUGGCCUUUGCGGUAACUACAACGAUGACCCCGCCGAUGAUCCUGUGCUUCCUGACGGCUCGCUAGCAGAGAGCGUAGUGGAAUUAGGGGGCAGCUGGCGAGCAGAGGACACAGACUGGAGGUGUACAGAUGGCUGCGCCCAGAACUGCAGCGUGUGUGACGCUCUUACGGAAGCCUUCUACUUUCGCUCAGACUACUGUGGGCUCAUCAACAAAACCGAUGGACCUUUUAGGGACUGCAGAGCUGUAGUGGACCCUACGGUCUUUGUGUAUAGCUGUGUAUAUGACAUGUGCAGCAACAGGGAUAACAUCACCACGCUCUGCCAGGCCAUCCAGGCCUAUGCUCUGGCCUGUCAGGCCCUUGGUGUCACGAUACGACCGUGGAGAUCUCGUACCUUCUGCGCCUUGUCGUGUCCGGAGUUCAGCCAUUACCAAGUUUGCACAAGUGCCUGCCCGGCCUCCUGCUCGGACCUCACCGCUCCCCUGUAUUGUGCUCACCCUUGCACUGAGGGCUGCCAGUGUGACCCGGGCUAUGUUCUCAGCGGCAGCCAUUGUGUUCAGCUUGAGGACUGUGGCUGUGAGCACAACGGCCUCUAUUACCCUCUUAAUAACACUUUCUGGGCAAGCCCCAGCGGUGAGGAAGGUGAAUGUACCCUCCGCUGCACCUGCGGGCCUGCCGGGGAAGUCUCCUGCUUCAACGAUUCCUGCAAGGAGGGUGAGGUGUGUGUGGUGGAGGUGGGCUUGCUGGGUUGCUACCCUCGGAGGGAGGGAGUGUGCUCAAUCAACCAGAACUCGGUGACAACCUCCUUUGAUGGCACCUUCCUGCUGAUCCCAGACGACAGCUCCUACUACCUGCUGAAGCUGUGCAGUGCAGUGCCAGCUAAUGGCUCGAUGGUUGAGGUGAAGAUGGGCAGGCGGCUGGUGAACAAAGGCCCCACUUGGAAAAGACCUGUGGUAGUUACAGUGGCUAACCUGGAAGCUCAGAUGGGAGGGAUAGAUUUUGAUAUAGUAAAGGUGAAUGGUGAACCAGUGGUUCUCCCAUAUGUCCAUCCGAUGGAGACAAUGAUGAUCUACAGAGCACCAGGCAAUGCUACAGUGGUGGAGUCCCGUGGUCUGCUUCGUGUCCAGUACACUCGCCAGGGAUACCUUAACAUCUCCCUCUCCACCCUCUUCUACAACGUUACUUGUGGUCUAUGUGGCGUCUUCAAUAGCAAUACCACUGAUGACCUUCGUCUUCCAAAUGGACGCCUGGCGGAGUCUGCUGAACAGUUCACAGAGGGCUGGCGGUCCAUCGCUGAUGACCUCACCUGUAAUGGUGACUGCGAUGCCUUGUAUCGGAUGUGCACAGACUUGCGCCUCUACCAGAAUCCUUGGAUGUGUGGCAACAUCAAUGACCCGGGGAAUAGUUCAUUUCUGGCAUGUCAUGCAGUGGUCAACCCCUCGCCAUUCUUCAGGAACUGCUUGUAUAACAUGUGUGUAAAGGAAGGGAAUCGUUCAGCCCUGUGUUCUUCACUGCAGGCGUAUGCCACCGCCUGUCAGGAUGCUCAAGAAGGGUGUCAAUGUGAGGAGGGCUUUGCACUUCGAGAUGGCCUGUGUGUGGCACGCAGUGAUUGUGGCUGCAUGAGCCACGGGCGCCAGCUGGUCACUAAUCAGACUUUCUGGACGGACUGGGAGUGCCAGGAGCGCUGCUACUGCAAUGGUUCUGACAACAGUGUAUACUGUCAGCUCGCACCCUGUUACCCUGAGGAAUACUGCAAGGAGAACGACGGCCUGUACUUUUGCCAGCCGCGCACUGAGGCCCUGUGUGUGGUGGCCGGUUAUGGACAUUUUCUGCCAUUUGGCGGCGUCCCGUUUGAACUGCAGAGUUCUUGUUCUCUUAGGAUGGCCACCACCAGCUGUGGGAGAGAGAACAGGGACCACGCAACCACGGGUGAAACAUUUCCUCAAUUUAAAUUGGCAGCUCGUAAUGAGGAAAGGGACACAGGCCAGGCUAUUUGGGUGAGGGGCUUUCUACUGGAGGUCUACGAGUAUGAGAUUGAAGUGUCUCGAAGCUACAAAAACACUGUCACGGUGAAUAAGGAGCGUUUGAACCUUCCUCUGAAGCUGGGCCCGGGGAAGGUCAACAUCUUCACCUGGGGCAUGCAGCUCAUUCUGGAGACAGACUUUGGCCUGAAGGUGGCCUUUGACUGGAACACUCUCCUCCUGUUGACGUUGCCCCGUGACCUGUACAACGCUUGCUGCGGCCUCUGCCAGGGCAUGCCCUUGUCCCCUCCUACCCUUACCACCACUGACUGGGGCAUGGCCUGGGCAGAGAGGGACACCUUCUGCCAGGUGGGCUGUGGAGACUCCUGCCCACGCUGUGGCCUGGGAGAGACCAGCGCAGCAAAUGACUCCCCUCUCAUGGUGGCUGAUGCCAACACGAACAGCGACACGGACAAUGGGGAAAAUGAAGUCGACACAGGCAUACGCUUCCACAUCGGGAAUGGACUGUAUGUGUUUGUGGAGCCGGAGGCGGUCAGGCUUUGUGGGCAAAUUGUGGAUCGAGGUGGUGCGUUUGCACGUUGUCACAGCAAGGUGACGCCAGCGUUUUUUUAUCAAAGCUGCCUGCAGGACACCUGUUUGGACCAAGGAGCUCAGGAUACAGUCUGUAACUGGCUGCAGAUGUAUGCCAGCACCUGUCAGACCCAAGGGGUGCCUGUUACUGGCUGGAGGAGCGACACGCCGUGUGUCCAGAGCUGUUCACCUAACAGCCAUUACUCCAGUUGUGUGUCGGUUUGCCCGCCCCAGUGCGCCCCAGCCCGCGGCCAGAGGGACUGCAGCCAGGACUGUGUGGAGGGCUGCCAGUGUGACCAGGGCUUCGUGCUCAACGGCAAGGGCUGCAUCCUGCCUCAAAACUGUGGCUGCUACACUGAUGGCAAGUACUAUGAGCCCAAACAGCUGUUUUGGAACAACGACUGUACCAAACGCUGCCAGUGCAUCGGACGAAACCUGGUCCAGUGCGACCCGAGGCGCUGUAAGGCAGAGGAAGAGUGCGCCCUGCGGUACGGAGUGCGGGGCUGCUUUGCGCGGCGCUCCCAGCACUGCGUGGCGUCUGGCGGUGGGGUUUUCAGGACCUUCGACGGAGCGUCGCUGCGGCUCCCGGCCUCCUGCUCCUUCGUCUUGUCCACCAACUGUCAUAAGCUGCCCGACCUCUCGUUCCAGCUCAUUGCUAACUUCGAUAAAUGGAGCACACCCAACCUCACCACCAUCUCUCAUGUCUACCUUUACAUCAAUGAGGAGAAUAUACUCAUCUCUGGCAGCACUGUCAAGGUCAAUGGUACACCAGUAUCAGUACCGUUUCUAACUGGGCUGAUGACACGUCUGUCGACGUCCGAAGGUUUCAUUGUCAUCGACACACCCCAGGACAUCCAGGUCCGCUACAACCACUUUAACACCCUGAGCAUCACGAUGGGCCAGCGGCUUCAGAACAAGGUGUGUGGCCUCUGUGGGAAUUUCAACGGAGACCCCAGUGACGACUACAUCACCUCCAGGGGGAAGCCGGCUGUCAGCGCCCUGGAGCUGGCCCAGAGCUGGAAGACCAACGGUAUGCAGAACAGUUGUGAUGAAACCCAGUUUGUGGCUCUGGCUCAGUCCUGUGACAACACGGCGGUGCUGGCGCUGCAAAGUGAAGAUGCCUGUCAGAAGCUCACCCAGCUGAAGGGUUUCUUCCAGCCGUGCCACGGCCUGCUGGAUCCCCGGCCCUUCUACCAGUCCUGCUACCUGGACGGCUGCUACAAUCACCGCAAGGCUCAGGUCUGCGGCUCUCUGGCGGCCUACGCAGAGGCCUGCCGCUCCAUGGGCACCCUCACCACCAAGUGGAUCACCCAGGAGAACUGCUCAGAAUGGAUCUACGACCCCUGUGCAGGAGAGAUCUGCACAAACUCCACCUGUGAGCUGGAGAGCGAUGGUGAUCUGUGUGGCUGCCCGGAGUUGCCUACCAGCACUGGAGGUGAUGAUGACAUCAUCCAGGCGGAGGUGAACUGUAAGCAUGCUCAGAUGGAGGUCUCCAUCUCCAAGUGUAAGCUCUUCCAGCUGGGCUUUGAACGAGAGGACGUCAGGGUCAACGACGAGCACUGUGCCGGCAUUGAGGGAGAAGACUUCAUCUCCUUCCACAUCAACAACACUAAGGGACACUGUGGCUCCAUCGUACAGUCGAAUGGCACACACAUCAUGUAUAAGAAUACUGUGUGGAUAGAGAGCGUGAACAACACCGGGAACGUCAUCACCAGAGACAAGACCAUCAACGUGGAGUUCUCCUGUGCCUACGAACUGGACCUGAGGAUCUCGCUGGAGACUGUCCUCAAGCCCAUGCUCAGUGUGAUAAACCUCACCUUACCGACCCAGGAAGGAAACUUCAUCACCAAGAUGGCUCUGUAUAAGAACUCCUCGUACCGAAACCCGUACAGGGAGGGCGAGGUGGUGCUGAGCACACGAGACAUCCUCUUCGUGGGCGUGUUUGUGGAAGGGGCAGAUGAAAACCAGCUCAUCCUCAUAGUAAACAUGUGCUGGGCCACGCCGUCCCGCUACAGCAGCGACCGACUCCGCUACGUCAUCAUAGAGAGAGGGUGUCCAAACAUUAAGGACAACACCAUCGGCAUGGCAGAGAACGGCGUCUCACUCACCUGUCGCUUCCACGUCACCGUCUUCAAGUUCAUUGGGGAUUACGAUGAGGUCCACCUCCACUGUGACGUCACCCUGUGUGACUCUGAAACACAUGCCUGCAAAGUGAACUGUCCACACAAGAGACGCAUGUACUCGGAGGACAGUGAUCAUAAAGAGCACAUAUUGUCUGUGGGACCCAUAAGAAGGAGAGAAUCAGACUGGUGCAAGGAGGAAAACGGAGGCUGUGAGCAGAUCUGCUCCAGUAAGACGACCGGACCGGUCUGCAGCUGUGUGACUGGGAUGCUGCAACGAGAUAGGAAAAGCUGCCGGACUGUGAGCUCGAGCUGUAACCUCACACCUGCGGUCUCUCUGCUGAGCAUCAGCGCUGUGAUCUCCAUGCUCCCGGCUCGUAUUCACACUCUCCUCUCAUAACACCCUGCGAGCCAAGGGGACAUAUGAAAAAGAAUAAAACACAGAGAAGACUUGAAGAUGCACAACGUUUACCAGCAUUAAUUAGCCAGUAGAUCAGCUGUGUUCCAGUCGAAAUAUCCAAACAGGACACUGUGCAUUCACAAAUGUUUGAGUCCACUUAUUAUUGAUGAGACCCGAAGGUAACUAAACGAGAAAAGUAAGUCCCUCCUCCAUUAUUUUCAUACAUCAGGACACCUCACUGUGUAUUAUCAUCUACUUAAAG